AUGAAGAAAGUAGAAAGAAGAAAGAAGAAAGAGAAAAGACAUGAAGAAAGAAGAAUGAAGAAAGUAGAAAGAAGAAAGAAGAGAGACAAGAGAGAAGAGGUCGAUCUUAGGCAUGGCUUUCUUGCAUCAUCUUCAGAAGAGGCAGAUUCUAUUCAGAAUGCAUCAUUGAAGCAAAAUGGGAAAUCAGAAGCUUCUUGCUCAAAAACUUUGGCCCCACAUAAAUCGACAGCAGUGGGGUUUGAUGACAGGAUGUUGCUUCAUUCUGAAGUUGAAAGGAAGUCUCUUCCUCAUCCAGAAAGACCAGAUCGUCUUCGAGCAAUUGCUGCCAGCCUGGCAACUGCAGGUAGUGUUUGGUAUGAGGGAAUCAGGGAGGGAAGGGAAUGGAAUGGAAUGGCUCAUUCCAUUGGAAUGAAAAAAGCUUCUGUUUUGAGAUUAAACCUUGUAUUUAUUAGCAACAAUUGUUUUUCCAACAAUUAUUUCACCCCUGAUACAUAUGCAAACAAAGAUUCAGCACUUGCUGCCAGGCUGGCAGCAGGGUUAUGUGCUGACCUGGCAUCAGCUAUAUACUCGGGGCAUGCUAAAAACGGGUUUGCACUGGUGCGUCCUCCAGGUCAUCAUGCUGGAGUGAGACAAGCAAUGGGAUUCUGUCUGCAUAACAAUGCAGCCAUUGCUGCAUCAGCAGCACAAGCUGCAGGAGCAAAAAAAGUCUUGAUUGUUGAUUGGGAUGUACACCAUGGAAAUGGAACUCAAGAAAUAUUUGAGCAGAACAGAACAGUGUUGUAUAUAUCCUUACAUAGACAUGAAGGUGGAAAAUUCUACCCUGGUACAGGCGCUGCCCAUGAGGUGGGGUCCAUGGGUGGAGAAGGGUAUUGUGUAAAUGUUCCAUGGAGUCGUGGAGGAGUUGGGGACCAUAGUCACAGGAUUCGCCAAAGUAGUCACGAUCCACGUUCCAAACGGCUCGAUCCCAAACGGGGUACGAUUGCGUAUCGAUCGCCGACAGAAACGCCCUCCGGUACGUCAUGCUUGCGAUCCCACCAAUUCUUUAAAUCGAUACCUGAAACGUGA